AUGAUUGGCAUUAAAGUGUUGCGGCUGCAUUCGCUGAGCAAGUGCAACAAUAAAAUCUUGAUCUUAUUGCGAGGUGCGACUAAAAAGAAAGUUAUUAUCGCUGGCGGCUCAGCCGGUUGUUGCAGUGCGGCUUAUUUUUGGAACCUGCUGGCCGCUAUUUGCAUAUGCGCCGUGUGGCUCAAUGCACAGCUGUGCCAGGCAGCGCCUUCAGCAACAAUUGACACGGCAAACACAACAGCAGCAGCAGCAGCCAAUGAAACCGCCUGGCCACCCAUGCAUCAUUAUGAUAUCUGGAGCGCAGAUUGGAAAACGCCAACGGCCGAGCAACAGCUCGAGCUAUUCGAGGAAGAGGAGAAGCCAGGGCAAGAGCAAUUGCUGCUGCAGGAUGCCAACAGCUAUAGCACCAACCUGGGGCAGAGCAGCAACAGCAGCGAUUGGAAUAGCCAUCAAACGAGCAGCAACCGUCGUCGUUCCAAAGUACUGCAUAUAUUCCCCGUACCGGUGGAUGGAGAGUGUUUAUCGGAUGAUGGCCGCCGCUUGGGCAACUGUUUCAAUGCGUAUGAGUGCCGGAAGAAGGGAGGGCAGGCGAAGGGGGAGUGUGCCAUGGGCUUUGGCGUAUGCUGUGUCUUUGUGGCCACCUGCAAUGGGACCAUAAGCAACAAUCUCACAUACAUUGUGUCGCCGGCAUUUCCCAGUUUCAUGCCCAGCAACUUCACCGGCUGCCAGCUCAGGGUGAAGCUAAUGAGCGAGGAAAUAAGUCAGCUGCGUCUCGAUUUUAAUCACUUUUCCCUUGGUCAGCCCAAUCGGCGAACCGGCGUUUGCGAUGGGGACAUCUUCAAUAUCAGUGGCGGGCCUAGUGGCAACUUUACGCUCUGUGGCCAAAACAAUGGACAGCACUUGUACUAUGAUGUCGGAGUACGACCGCUGCCACGUCAAUCCGUCUUGUAUGGAAGCUUGCGACCGCCAAUUUCCAGCAAUACGAGCAGCACGAAUGGCAAUUUCGUUGAUCAGCUAAUUAAUAUUAAUAUAAAUCUAUCGACACGCUUUUUGCCCAUACGACUGUGGGAGAUUCGAUUGUCGCAGAUACCCUUUAGUCAGCGCGCGCCAACGGGUUGCUUGCAAUACCAUUCUGGAGUCGAGGGCAUAAUGCAGACGUUCAAUUUUGCGGACAAUGGACGGCAUUUGGCCAAUCAGCAUUAUCGCAUCUGUGUGCGCCAGGAGACCGACAUGUGCUCCAUUAUGUAUCAGCCCUGCGAUGAGCAAUCCUUUCGAAUUGGUGGCGCUGGCUUCAUGAAUUCCAACACAAUGAGCAGCAAUGGCGGCAGCUCACCGAAUGCUGGGCAGGCACAGCAAUCGACACUGACGGCUGCCACAAGUGGUUCCACAAUGACGACGAUGACACAACAACUCAUGCAAUUCGUCAGCACUGAUGCGAGCACAGCAGCAACAACAAUUACAACAACAACAGCUCCACCAACAACAACAACAGCCACAACUACAACAACCACCACAACAACAAGAGCCACAACAACAACAGCUCGAAGCAGCAGUACGGAGGCAACGACGACAACAACACCAACACCUGCUGUUGAGGAGGAGACCUGGCCUGCCGACGAGGAGGAGAACUGGCCUGCUGCUGAUGAAGCUUCAACAUCGACUACACAAUCGCCACCAGCCAACGAUGAUGCAGAGGGCUCUGGCUGGGAAGAUGACAAUAAGAUCUUAGGUUUCUUUGGCACCACUGCGCUGCCCGGCGUCUCACGGCGUCCGCGUCCAGUGGGCGGCGGUGGCGGCGGCGUCCGUCCAUCCGGUGGCUUCGAUCUGUUUGGAUUUUUGCGCAGCGCCUUUGAUAUGCGCCUGAGGCAGCAGCGAAGUCGACGACAGGCGCGUCAAUUCUUUAGCAACUGUAGAGAUCGCAUUACGAUGCCCUGCAUCAUUGAAGAUUUCAUUGGCACGGGAUUGGGCCCCUUGCCGGGCUGUGAGCCGGUGCAUUGUGGCGCCCAGUUUUGCUCCUCAGGCGUCUGGCCCUGCCGCAUUGAGAGCACCGUCACACCAUUCUACAUUGGAGUGCAUUUCGGUGAUGGAGCCGCCCCGGGCAAGGGCAGCGCAGAGGAUAACAUUGGCGCCUGCCUGCGAUACAACCAGGUGCAGUGCAUCUAAGCAUCGAAACUUAAAUGUAGCCCCCAGCUUUUCUUUCCAUUUGUUAUUUAUA